CGCCUUCCCGUGCCUGAUUGGCUACCGGCGGGGGCUCCGGAUGAGGUCACAGGCGCGGUUAUAUAAGGGGCGUGCGGGGAGCAGGCGACAGUCAGUCAGUGAGUAACAGCAGCGUUAGUGGAACUCCCGGCAAAGAGAAGAGAACGAGGAUCAGUAAUGGUGAAUAACCGGAGCUCCGAGUCUACCACCACGGCGGUGAGCAGUAAUGGCAGCCCACCCAAAGCUUGUGCCGGGUGCGGAGGGAAGAUUGGCGACCGCUUCUUGCUCUAUUCUAUGGACAGGUACUGGCACACUCGCUGCCUGAAAUGCUCCUGCUGCCAGGCACAACUGGGUGAGAUUGGCACCUCCUGUUACACAAAGAGCGGCAUGAUCCUGUGCCGGAACGACUACAUCCGGUUGUUUGGGAACAGUGGCGCUUGCAAUGCAUGUGGCCAGUCCAUUCCUGCCAGUGAAAUGGUCAUGCGGGCACAAGGCAGUGUUUACCAUCUGAAGGUAAGUCCCCCCUCUAUGUGUACCUGUACUGAAGUUGUUUUAGCCAAAGUAAAGGGACCCUUUACAGCCACCAUCCACCUCUCCUCCAUAUUCAUUAUGCCUGAGAGCACAGGCAGCACAGAGAAAAGAAGCCCAUUAUCCCUGGUGAGACUUUUGGUGUUUGGAUCUGGCAAUAAAUGUGCUUUCUCCUCCCAUCAGUGUUUCACAUGCGCCACGUGCAGGAACAGACUGGUACCCGGCGACAGGUUUCACUACGUCAAUGGCACCAUCUUCUGCGAACACGACCGUCCCACGGGGCUACUGAACGGCCACUUGAAUCCCCUCCAGAGUAACCCACUCCAAGGCAGCCCCAUGCUCCCCGACCAGAAAGUUUGCUAAGGGACAGAGCGUGAGCCAGAUGUGAACCCCCCGUGCCUUCUGUUAAUAUUACCUUGGAGACACAUUGUGACAUAGAAAGAAACCUAUAUAUAAAUAUAUAUAAAGAAAUAUAUUCUCCCUCCUCCGGGGGGUUUUUUUUUUUUUUUGCUUGGUCGCUGGUUCUUUGUGCCCAGCCCACCACGGACAUAAAGAUUGGCAUUUCAGUCCCGGAGGAGGAGGGACAAAGAGACUUGUAAAUGACGUACAAAAAUAAGAGACAGAUUUUCCCAAUGGAUGGAUUUGGGGGGGGGGGGGGAGCUUGGGAGCUAUAGACUCUUUGUGAUGUGCACUGGAUACCCCUGUUUGGUGAUAGCCAAUCGCAAGCUCUGUUAUGGACACAAGGCCACAGUGGGAUACUGACGCCAUGUUGGAGAGCAGCAAAGUCGGAGACACGUGGUGUGGAUUCUGUACAGGCCAACAAUGUUACCAUAUUGUAUCAGACAUGCUCCGGGGAGGGGUGUUGCAAUGUGCAUUUGGGGGUCCCAUCCCAGUAAAGGAAAUGUAACCAUUUGUAUUAUGUUCCAUCAGGGGCUGGGGAUGGCAGCAUGUAGGAAACCAACCCAUGGGCCAAUGUGGGGAUUGAGGCUGCUGGGAGUUUAUCAGACGUUUCAUGGCUGAGCCUGGUGUCAGUGGGGCCCCUCUGUUAUAUUCCAGUUCAGGCAGGGGCCUGAUUUAUAACUAAUGGGGUCAAUGAUUUCCUGUUCUCACCCCUGUGACUGAUGGGAGUUGUAGUUAAGGAGCAACCAAGGGGCCACUUAUUGGAUCUCCUGGCUUUUAGUUAAGUACAUGGAGAGUGAACACCGGGUGAUUCAGAGAAAGAGAGAGAGCGUGGGGAGAGGGAGUGUGGGCACAGAGAGAGAGAGAUGAAGUGGGCACAGAGAGAGUGAGUGGGCAGAGAUCUGUAAGUGUAUUUUUGGGGUGUGGGCAGUAGCCAAUCAUUUCAUGUCUUGGGGCAGCACUUAAGUAGGGGGUGAGCUUGGGGCAGAAAAGCACUGGUUUGUGACUGGUGACACCUGUGAGAUGUGCCCUCUGCUGGGGAUGACGGGGGGACUGUUGUCGCUGGCUCCCUAGUGUUACAUCUUCCUAUUGGUAGUUGGGGGGUGCCAGUAUUUAUUUGCCAAGAAAUGGGCCCUGUCAGUAAUUAGGCAGGAGCUGGGCUGAUUAUAAGUGCACCUUCCAGCACUCAGUGAGAGGGGCCCAUGAGAGAUGGGACUGAGCAGCACAACUAGAUCCUGAGUGUCCCCCGUCUCACUCACUUCUAAUUCCAGCCUGGGACUAAUGAGCUACAUUCCAACCCCCCCCCCCCCCAAAAAAAACAUUGUCUGGAGUCAAAUCUCUCGUGUGUCACUCCCCACCCAAAUUAGCCAAUCACUGGCCCAGGCACACUGAACCCACUGACUGUAACCAUGGCAUCAUAUUGUAUAGUAAAUGUAUAUUAGUUCAGUGGGCUCUCAAUGCUGGCUGCAAGAGGGGUGCUAUUCAGUGCCUAGGGGCCCCCCAGCACACAGUCUUCACAACAGCACUCUGCUCUAGAAGGAUGCUGGGAGUUGUAGGGAUUUAACUCCUUGCUCACCCCAUCCCACUGUAUAAUGUCCUGUGUAAAUAAUUGGAAUAAAGGAAUAUUGUGCUUUCUGUUGUGUUUCGUCCUGGAAUUCUGGGCCCGGUCAGGGACAGGAACCGGUUUUGUAAAAAAAAAAAAAAAAAAGAAUUAAAACAACUUUGCACUUUUUUUCUUCCCUUCACCCUAUUUUGAUGCCGUUAUUGAAAAAUAAAACUCAAGUUUCCAUGA